GUUUUUUUCACAUUUAUUGUAAAUAAAAUACAAGAAAAAUAAAUAAACUGUUCAUCCUCAGCUCGAGUCACAAUAAUAAUAAAGACUCUAAUCUUCAACAAACAACGUUAAAUUUUGGUACAUAAAGCAUGAAAGUUAGUUCGUCACCGUCAUUUCUGUUGAAUUAUGGACGUUAUGGUGCUCUGUAGUUAGUUUUUCGUGGCUGCUGUUGUGGUGUGGUGUGUAUGGGACACAAGUGUGUGGAGCAGAUUUUACUUUGUUCAACCGUUUAUUUCAUCUACUUAUUAAGCACAACUAACUGGAUAACUCAUCUCCAUUUACGAACUACAAUUAUAUCGCUGAAUAAAGAGAAUAAUAUGUAAUAAAUGGUAGCUAAGACCAUUGACACAAAUCUUCUGGGCGAGACGAUAUACAUCUCAUCGCAUGCCUGUUACACAUGUAGUAUAGCACCGAUAUAUAUAUACGUACGAACUUGCCGAGGUUAUCAAAUGGCUCAAUCUUGUUGGAGGUCUUGUGUAUAAAGUUUGUUAUUUAACGAAACUUAAGGUUUUUGUGCUGAGCCAUUAGCGGAGAGAUGGACGACAUGACAUAAGAAGAAGUCUGUUAUACGUAACUCAUCAUUUCAAUCUCAUGUCACGAUACUAAUCGUUGUCUGCGUGUCCUGCUGGCUCAUGUCUUAAAUUAUUGGAAUUUGUGCCUGGCAUUCAGCUAACUCCAGCAGACUCACAAGAUUUAUUAAGAAGACGGCUUUCGCUAGUGUAUAACUUGCUCAAAUCUGGCUGCCUACUUGUUCACAAUUUUCCAUGACCAAUAACUGGUUGUAAAGUAUAUAUGUGUGUAGUAUUUAGGUUCUAAAAACUUUUUACACUAUAUGACACACCAUAAUUCCAUACAUAACUAACCGUAUACAUUAAUUUUGCAAUCAACUUCAUUCAAUUCGGCAUCAGUAAAUUGUAAGUGGGCCGGCUAAUCCUAAGUGUAAGCGAUUUGGCGUUGGCUUCGCGUCUUGACUCCUCCAUUAAUUUUUUGAGGCCAUCUCCGAACCUUUGUUCAUUGAUUUUGCAAAAGUGCCUUUAUCUCUAAAAUCUUUUGGUGAAAAUGGGAAAAGAAGAAAGCAACGGGGGUAAGAACUACACGGGUUACGACGACCGCUUCAGCACCUACGUUUGGAACUCGGAGACUCGUCAAUUUUUUGGAAGAACAGGUUUAGCAUGGGCCAAGUUAACCAUAUUUUACACCAUCUUUUACAUCGGAUUGGCAGCGUUUGCUGGAUUGUGCUAUUUCCUUUUUUCAAAGACACUUACGGAAGAACACCCCAGAUGGAUGUUAGGUGACAGCUUGAUUGGAACAAAUCCUGGAAUGGGUUAUCGCCCGAUGCCGGACCCCGAUACAAAUGCUGGCUCUACUCUUAUCUGGUACACUUUGGGGAAGAGAUCCGACGCCAAGUUUUGGUACCGCCAACUGGACGAGUAUGUUACAGGGGUCGAACAAAGUGUGUACAACAGUGACGUCCUCUCCUGCGAAAGAGAUAUGAAAGCGACGAAUGAAAAAUCUUGUCGCGUCGAAGUCAGUCAAUUCGGGAACGUUUGCACUAAAGCCAACAAAUUCGGCUAUGAGAGUGGAGAUCCAUGCAUUCUACUAAAAUUGAACAGGAUUUUUGGGUGGGAGCCGGAGUGUUAUGGCAUCAACGAGAAUGGUCAGUAUGACAAAAAGUUGCUAGACGAUGACCUUAACGAAGCCGAGGGAAUGCCCAGCAGCCUUAAAACAUACAUAUUCUCGAAUGUGAAUAGCAUAUCAGAUGACGCCAAGCGAGCAAACUUUCUGUCUACAAUUUGGAUUACAUGUAACGGUGAGGCAAAGCCGGAUCAAGAGAACUUGGGCACUUUUGCAUACUUCCCGUCAAACCGACAAGGCAUAUCCGGAAAAUAUUUCCCAUAUCACAAGCAACCCGGCUAUCAAUCCCCAUUCAUCUUUGUACAAUUGAAGAACCCAAUGCGUGACGUACUUAUCAAUGUGGAGUGCAAAGCGUGGGCAAAAAACAUCAUUCAUGACCGUAUAAACCGUUUGGGAUCUGUUCGUUUUGAAAUACUGAUUGAUUCUUAGAAAGUCUUUCGUCUCAGCAAAUGCAUCAUAUUACGAUCGGCGAUGUGUAGAAUUUUUAAAUACUCAAUGAAGCCCAAUAUUUGACUCUCUUAAUUUGAUUUGAUUUGAUUUAAUUUUCAAAUAUGUAUAUGCAUAUAAUAAAUAUAAAAUGUGUACAUUGAAA